AUGUAUGUUUCUAUGAUCCUUUACACUCUUGUUGCCCUCAAUGGCAUCAUGGCAUCUCCUGUCCAGGAGCCUGAGGUUGAACCUCGAGCCAUCGGGCCUCGUACACCCAGCGUGGCAGAUAUUCCAUUCCCAAAGAUGCCGGUCCGCAACAAGGCCAGUAACGCAAUGGGCAAGAGCGCAAGCGCAAGCGGAAGCGGAAGCGACUGUGGUACAAACACCCAGACGAAUGCCUGUUCUGCAGGUAGCCCAUACUGCUGCAGCAGCGAUGGAAACGGCGGUCAUACCUGCUCGAACACCACUGCGUGCGACCAGACCAUUAUCUGCUGCAACAACAACAACGGAUUCCAAAUCUGUAUCGGUGAGCUCGAUUUCAACAUGCCCAUUACUAUCAAUGUCUAUGAGUAA